AAAUUCUUAUAUGUGAAACGGGUCAGGUCGCGUCAAUAUGCAAAUGUAAUACUUAUACUAGCAAAUGUAGUACUAAAUUAGGAAUAAAUUCUUUCUUAUUUAUAAGGGAAAACGUAAUACUUUUGAGUACAAAUAAAUUCUUUCUUAUUUCUGAUGGCCUUAUACGCCGGUCGUGGUGGUCAAUCCAGUGGACAUGGCAGCCGGCAAUCUACGAACCAUCAGGGCAGUGGACGUGGACGGCAAACCGGCGGCGGGCGUGGCCGUGGCAAUCCUCGGUGUCAGAUUUGUAGAAGCCAAGGCCAUACAACCGUGUACUGCUACAAAAGAUAUACAAAACCAGCGCCGCAUGCUCAUUUGGCCGUCGCAGGUGGCUCGCCGGCGGACGCUGCACAGACGGACGCCUGGUUUCCCAACCCCGGCGCCUCCAUGCACGCGUCGCCGGAUGAACAGCAGGUCGGACAGUCUGAGGCCUACACCGACGACGACGUUUUGAAAGUAGGAUUGCACUACUUGGGAAACACUUCUUAAAGGUUUCACGGUCGGCGGUUUGUUUAAAUUGUUGGUACUGCGGGCGCAUUUUGCAUUCCUAACGGCAAAAGCGUCACCCUCAAUUUGGCAUCAACGAUUGGGACACCCACAUAAACAAGCCCUUCAACGAGUCCUAAAACACUGUCCGGUCACGUCAAAUAAAGCCCAUGCGUCAGAAGUCUGUUCCGCGUGUCAACUUGGCAAAGUCGGCUCGGUUUCCCUUAGAUAGAGUUCAUACGUCAAGUUUAAAUAUUUUAGAUUUGUUGUAUACGGACAUCUGGGGGCCUUCCUCGGUUAUUUCAGAUUCUGGCUAUCGUUAUUUUGUUUUGU